AUGAAGAGACCCUGCGACAGGUCUUUCAAGCCAUUGAUGACAGUUUUCCGGCUAAACCUCCGGUCGGCGGCCUCCAGCCCAAGCUCGUGCUCCAUAAUCUCGAAUUGGCUCUCUCUCGACGACUUUAUCCGAUCUCUUAAAUCCUCCACUGUAUAUUCCUCAUCCCCAUUUCUCAGCUUCCUCUCUCCAUCUUCUUCUCCGCCAUUGACAAACGACGCCGUCUUCCUGAAAGAUACCAUUCUCUACUUUCGAUGGGAUGGAAGUUGUGAACGCGAUUUAUUUUGGGGGGAAAAGAGGAAAUUGGGUGUUUUUAUGCUGGAGGUAAGGGUUUACAAUGAUUUGAAGAGGGUAAUCACUAUCGAUUUGGCACUUAUCAAGCACAAUCGGUGA